AUGCUGUACACUCUCCCGACCUCUAUCCUACUCUUCUUGACUGGCGCAUAUGCGCUUCCUCAAUGGGGCCACGGAUACGGUGGCAGCGGCGGCGGCUCACAACCACCAUGCAGCGCUGCAGUCGUAGCCCUGGCCACAGGUAUCCAUCUCAACAUCCAGGGCCAGUACGCUGAAUACAACGGCACUGUCCACGUCAUCAACAUCGAGACCGCUUCACCAGUCAACCAGACUGCCUUCUACAUUGCCAAAGGUGAACUCCUCUCCGACAUCCAAGCCGGCAUGAACAUCCGUCAAUUCAACCAGGAGAUUGCGCCGGCUGGAAAUGCUGCUCUGCCGGGGUUGGCCAAGUAUCAGGCUGCACAGCAGACGGAACAGGGGCUUGCUAUGGGUCUCACGGGCGUGUUGGGUCAAGAUCAGAGUGCUUUGAGCUCACUGAAGAGCGACAUCAUGGCUGGCAUCAAGCUGAAUGAGAACAAUUUGCAGUCGGCUGUCCAAGGGUGUGAGUUAGGCCUGGUCUUCCCCGAUCCUGAUCAGUCGGGUUGA